GAGACUUCCAACAUUGGUCCAGCACACCUGUUAGUAUUAGCUGAGAGCUGAGUGGUGUAGCUAUCUCUCACGGUGUUGGAAUGCUGUGGGAUAGUCGUGUGUGUGCUCAGGAUUAUUCUAGAACCCGAAGAAAGGACGAGAAGAAGAAGAAGAAGAAGACUCCAAGAGAGGAAAGAUGGCGCGAAAGUCGUCAGGAAGUGCCUGAGGACUUCGACAAAAGAGAACCCACCCUCCCAAGGGAUCUUCUUCCCGCACGAGGACCAUGGAAGUGGGGGUAGCCAGACGUCUUGGCCCCAGGUUAGACACAAGAGGAGGAAGAGGAGGAGGAGGAGGAGGAGGAAGAAGAAGUGCUCCUCUCGCUCUUUUGAUGCUUUCCCUUGCUCUCUCUCCUCCCCUCCCUCUCGGGGCUGAGGCGGAGAAGGCGCAAGAUGUCCAUGGUAGCUUGGAAGCACAAAGCGAGAUGCGUCCUCUUCCUAGGAGGGACGUUAUUGGUGGAUCGUACAUAAACACGACUGACAUUUAUGAUGACGGGGUCGGCUCUAGUGACGUCACACAGUACCCCAAGGGUAUGGUCAACGGUGGUGAUGACAGGGCCGGCUCUAGUGACGUCACGCUGUACCCCGCGGGGGCGAGCACAAACCAGACCAAUCUUGAUGCCCCAACCGGCAGAAAUGACCCAGACCUUCCUCCGUAUUUGAGCGAAUCCAUGAAGAUCCACAAUGCCGUUUGGAUGGGUGCGAUCAUGAGCAGCCAUUACGCAGGGGAGCGUAACUCUACUACCUCUCUGGGAGAUAACUCCAGCGUGAUUCACAGCUUCGAAGAGGAGCUCAUCGAUACGGAAGAAGAGACGAGAAUUCUGCAGCAGCUGGUGUUCAAGGACAGGUCGGGAAGAGGACCCAAGCCCAAGAAUGUGAACAAAGGCUGCGAAUGUGGAGCUUACAACAGUCCGGAAUCUCGAAUUGUCAAUGGGAAAGAGACCGCCCCAAAUGAGUUUCCCUGGAUGGUGUCCAUCCAGAUCAAGAAAGACCACUUCCAUAACUGUGGUGGGUCGAUUAUCAGUGACUAUUACGUCAUCACCGCUGCCCACUGCACUGACGGGUGGCUCGCUGAGGAGCUGGUCAUCAGAGCGGGUGACCACAACUUAGCUGUUCACGACGUCUCGAGAGAGACUUACAUCAUGAUAGCUGAGAUUAUACAACAUGAACAGUACGACCCCAAAUCCACAAACAACGACCUGUCCCUCCUGAGGCUGGGCGAGCAACUCAAGCUGACCUGGCGGGUCAGCCCCAUCUGCCUGACCCCGUAUGACCUGGCCUUCUACGGGGAGAAGGUCCAGGUCAUGGGUUGGGGGAAAGAGCACAGCAAAGACAAGUUAGGGUCUCCCGUCCUGCGGUACACCUCCUUGAAGGUUAUAUCCAUGAACAGCUGUCGGAACAACUUCAAACUUUCGCCGGACCAAAUUACUUCUAAGAUGUUUUGCGCUUACGGGGAUCGAACUGACGCUUGUCAGGGAGACUCCGGAGGUCCUUUGGUCUGGAAGGAUACAGCCACCAACCGAUACUUCAUCAUUGGCAUCACGAGUUGGGGGGUCGGUUGCGGGCUACCUGAUUAUCCAGGUGUUUACACCAAGCUGAGCAAAUUCAUGGACUGGAUCUAUGCCCACACCGAAGACUCAGUCUUCUGUUCGUCUUACUCGCCGACGGCAAAGAAGCAGAAGGCCGUCGGGGUGGGUAACUCGAGUGCUGCGAAGGCAAAGAGAAGGGAAGAGAAAGUACAAGAGCAGGCAGGGAGACUGGGGAAAGCGAAGGGCACCAGCGAGGUGCUCCGGUCAAAGAGGCGGAACGAGAAGCGGAGGAAGAAGCGAAAGAAGAAGAAGAAGAAGAGGAAGAAGAAGAAGAAGAAAGCUAAAAAGAAAGCUAAAAAGAAAGUUAAAAAGAAAGUUAAGAGACUCAGGAAGAAGAUAGCGAAGCGGAUCAGAAAGAAACUUAAAGAGAAAAAUGUAAAUUUGAAUUUAAAUGAAUAUUAAUAAUAUUCUUUGGACAAAAUAGGAUUAUAUUUGUUAUUUUUAAAUGUAAUUAGUGAUUUAUUUAUUUGUUCGGUAUAAAUUAUAUCCCUUAAGUAAUUGUUUAUUUAUUGCAAAUUACUUUGAAAUAAAAGUGGUUUGAUUCAUGAA